CUUGCUGGCAAUGCAGCGAAGAGACUUAGUAAAUAUUGCGGUAGGAGCUUCACACCAAACAGCCCGAUUAACUAUGCUCACAUAACUUGGCUGUAGACUUGGAGUUCAGUAGGGAAACGUGGGCGAAGCGACCGCAAGAACAAACGGGAAAUUCAAUUGUCAGCUGGCCGGGAAAACCGCUCACAUCACCCGGCUUCCGGGGAUUCAGGGGCCGCAUCGGUUGACGGCAGACGUCGGUCGGUAGCUCGGGGGAUAAAGGGCGAACAUCCACAUCAUCAUCGCCGACAUCCAUCUCUCUUAUCCAGCGACUUCCGAGAUGUCAAGAAAGCUACAAAGGACAGAAGUCUGCGCCGACUGCAGUGCGCCAGAUCCGGGCUGGACCAGUAUCAACCGAGGGGUCCUGAUUUGCGAUGAAUGCUGUUCGGUCCACCGCAGCUUAGGCCGUCACAUCUCCAUAGUCAAGCACCUGAGGCACAGCGGAUGGCCUCCCGCACUACUGCAGAUGGUUCAAACCUUGGCCAGUAAUGGGGCCAACUCCAUAUGGGAACACAGUCUCCUGGACCCUGCUCAGGUGCAGAGCGGCCGUAGGAAACCCAACCCCCAGGACAAAGUCCAUCCCACUAAGUCAGACUUCAUCAGAGCCAAAUACCAGAUGCUGGCCUUUGUCCACAAGCUGCCCUGUCGUGAUGAUGAUGGCGUCACUACCAAGGACCUCAGUAAGCAACUACACUCUAGUGUGCGGACAGGGAGUUUAGAGACUUGUCUUCGGCUCCUGUCCCUCGGCGCUCAGGCCAACUUCUUCCACCCGGAGAAAGGCACUACCCCGCUCCACGUGGCAGCCAAGGCAGGCCAGAUCUUGCAAGCCGAGCUGCUGGUAGUGUACGGUGCAGAUCCCGGAGCACCCGACAUCAAUGGACGCACACCUAUGGACUACGCUAGGCAGGCGGGUCAUAUAGAGCUAGCAGAGCGACUGGUUGAGUGUCAGUAUGAGCUGACAGACAGGCUAGCCUUCUACCUUUGUGGCCGGCGUCCAGAUCACAAGAAUGGCCAUUAUAUCAUUCCUCAAAUGGCAGACAGUCUGGACCUCUCAGAACUGGCCAAGGCCGCCAAGAAGAAGCUCCAAGCGCUCAACAAUCGGCUGUUUGAGGAGCUUGCGAUGGAUGUCUAUGACGAGGUGGAUCGCAGAGAAAACGAUGCAGUGUGGCUUACGACCCAGAACCACAGCACUCUGGUAACAGAACGAAGCGCGGUGCCCUUCCUACCGGUCAAUCCUGAGUACUCUGCCACACGCAACCAGGGCCGUCAGAAGCUGGCACGAUUCAACGCCCGGGAGUUUGCCACACUCAUCAUCGACAUCCUGAGUGACGCCAAAAGGAGACAGCAGGGGAAAGGUCUCAGCAGCCCUACUGACCCAUUGGACAUAGGCAUUGACGAUGACCAGCAUGACUAUGACAGCGUAGCCUCUGAUGAAGACACAGACAGCGAGUUGACCACCCAGAACAACAACAACAAGCAACGAAGCAACCGCGCAAAGAGUAUGGACUCGUCAGACUUGUCGGAUGGGCCCAUCACCCUGCAGGAGUACCUGGAGGUGAAGAAAGCCCUGGCCUCCUCAGAAGCCAAGGUGCAGCAGCUGAUGAAGGUCAACAACAACCUCAGCGAGGAGCUGCGGCGGCUCCAGAAGGAGAUCACACGGAUGCAGACAGAGAACAGCGCGCUGCGGGGGGGCCAGCAGGCUGGGGGGGCAGCUGGCCAUGGGGUAGGGGGGCCUGGAGGAGGAGGGGGAGGAGGAGGAGGCCACUGGCCCGGAGGGGGUGGGAUGCGAGGAGGAAUCAGUGGAGGGGGUCUAUGCGGAUUUGGGCCAGGAGGGGACCCCCCAGGGCUCUCGGUGCCCUCCUCAGUCGCCCCCCACUCCCAUUCCCAUCGGAGGGACCGCCAGGCCUUCUCAAUGUACGAGCCAGGGGCGGCCCCCGGCCCCACGGCCCAUGGUCCCCCAGUCCUGGACUCCCUGCCAGCCCGCCUGCAGCCCCUCAACACACACAGCGUAAGGAAGGGUAGCACAGGGGGUCCAACACCGUAUGGAGGUCAUCAUCCGUCUGGAUCUGCAGAGAUUGGCAGAUACAUGGUGAGUAAAACAGACAAGCACGGCAGCGGCACUGACAGCGACUAUGACAACACACAAACAUACGACCUCUCACAAAGUAUGGGGGGUCGCAGCAGCGAGGAGGAAGGUCGUGGGGAAUCUGAGGAUGGAGGAAGCGGUGACGCGGGGGAGCCUGACCCCACCUUGCCCUGCACAGAAGAUGUCAUAUUGAAGACCGAGCAGGUGACCAAGAACAUCCAGGAGCUGCUCAGGGCGGCUCAGGAGUUCAAACAUGACAGCUUUGUUCCAUGUUCUGAGAAGAUCCACUCUGCCGUCACUGAAAUGGCCUCACUCUUCCCCAAACGCCCUGCGUUGGAUGCAGUCCACUGCUCCCUCCGUCUGUUGGCUUCCAGUGCCUCGCGGUUGCAGGUGGAGUGUCGCAAGGCGGCGCCUACGGAGCCCGGGGCCCCUGCGGUGGACUACCAACUCCUCACUCAGCAGGUCAUCCAGUGCGCCUAUGACAUCGCCAAGGCCGCCAAGCAACUGGUCACCAUCACCACCCGCGAGAAGAAGCAGUGACCCAACAAACGCACGGGCGAACGGCGAGGGAAGACGGAGAGAAAGUAUCAAAAGUGGACUGAGAGGGGCGGGAGGGGGCUAUUAGAAGAGGAGGAUAGAGGGGAAAAUACGAUCACGCUACAGAUGGGGAGGACAAGGGAGGAAGGAGUGACCGAGAGAAUGAUGGGCGCGAUGAGGAAAAGUUUGGAAUAUGAAUGGAAAGGAAUCAGAUAAAAAGCAAAGAGCAAUGAUUGUUAAGUAGAAAUACUACAGAGGGGGAAAAAGGUGAAAUUCCACAAGAAGUGGAAGUGUGAAGUGAAAGUAGGGAAGGACAAGUAGAAGGAUCCAAAGUGGGGGAACCACAGCCUGCAGCAGCCUAAAUAAACUUGUUGGAAUCAGACGUGUAUAAUAAACCGCUUUAACUGUGAUGCGCAUACAUGGAACAUGACGGCGGUGAUGUACAGUGAAGCGACUCCUGAGAUGUUACUGCUUUUAUUUAUUCCCCCUGCCCCCCCGUCACUCGUCGUCCCUCCCAUCCCCCCCCCCCCCAUUUACUUUGAAACCAGGAAAGGUUUGGAGGCGCACGUUACGCGAGAGGGCUGAAGACA